GUCCACAUUCAUUUGUUUCAAUAAAUUAUAUAAUUAGGGCACAUAAUAGGAGUUCUUCACAUUUGUAUUUUGAGUUAACAAUGGCAGUAGAGAAAUCUGAGGAAGAAUGGCGUGCUGUUCUAUCUCCUGAGCAGUUUCGGAUCCUCCGUCAGAAAGGAACUGAGCUGAAGGGAACUGGUGAAUAUGACAAGUUUUAUGAUGAAGGGAUGUAUAAUUGUGCUGGUUGUGGAACUCCAUUGUAUAAAUCCUCAACCAAAUUUGACUCUGGCUGUGGUUGGCCUGCUUUCUUUGAGGGUCUUCCGGGGACAAUAAAUCGCUCUCCAGAUCCAGAUGGAAGGAGGACGGAGAUCACAUGUGCUGCUUGUGGUGGACAUCUUGGUCAUGUUUUCAAAGGAGAAGGUCACAAGACACCCACAGAUGAACGCCACUGUGUGAACAGCGUUUCUGUCAAGUUUAUCCCUGCGAAUACCUCAUCUGUUUUACUCUGAAACUCCUUUAUUUGUAAUGGUGUCAUUUUCACCUACCUUAAGACUUGGGCAAAUGAUUUCAAUUUCAAUAGCCAUUAUGUUGUAAGGAAGCCAUGAAUAUUUUUGGCCAAAUUAAAUGCUGAAGCAAAUCUUUGUGAACAUGUUUAUGUUUGUUCAAA